UGGCUUUCUCUGCCUUAACAAGGCCGACCCACUGCAGCUGGCAGGUGUGGGGCCGCCGAGUUUGGUGUCCGUUCACCCUGCACGCCUUGCCAAGCCUCCAAAAACAAAUCCACCAAAGUGCGAAGGGCGGCACCGGCAGGCAAAAAAAGUCCCCCAGAAGAAUUUCUCUGCAGUCAAUCGCAACGGGAAACCGACCUUAUCACCACCAACCAAAACCGACCGUCCUGUCUCGAUAUUGAAGCCGAUACGAGACACAUCACUCAACCGCAACGAACAUGGCGGCACCAGCAACCCUUCCAGCCCUGCUGGACACUCUCACCAAGUCUCUGACUUCCACCCUCGAACUCGCCCCUAAGCUCUCGACCAUCGACCCCCCCAAGGACGGCAUCUCUCUCCUCGACGUCAAGAACGAGCUCCUUCUUUCCUACCUUCAGAACCUCGUCUUCCUCAUCCUCCUCAAGCUCCGCCAGGCCCGCACCGGCGCUCAAAAGAAGAAGAGCGGUGAUGAUGAUGGGGAAUCGAACGACCAAGACCUAGACGACCUGGUGGUCAAGAAGCUCGUCGAGCUCCGUCUCUACCUGGAGAAGGGUGUCCGCCCGCUCGAGGACAAGCUCCGCUACCAGAUCGACAAGGUUCUGCGCGCCGCCGACGACGCCGAGCGCAGCGCCAAGCAAGCCGAGGCCGCCGCGAAGGCUGCCGAGCAGCAGCCCGACUCCGAGUCCGAGGCCGCUGAAUCCGGCGACGAGGAAGAAGCCGCCCCCUCGGGCCAGAAGCUGUCCGACCUGCAAUUCCGCCCCAACAUCUCCUCGUUUGUCCGCGGCUCCGGCGCCCCUGGCAGCGAAGACAAGCCCAAGAUCGGCGUGGGCAAGUCGACCGACGCCAAUGGCGUGUACCGCCCUCCGCGCAUCGCGCCGACGGUCAUGCCGACGACGACGACGGAGCGCCGCGAGAGCGCGCGCGACAAGAAGCCGCUCAAGAGCGCGACGCUCGACGAGUUCAUUGCGGACGAGAUGUCGACGGCGCCCGUGGCCGAGCCCAGCAUCGGCACGACCAUUGUCAACUUUGGCCGGCGCACCAAGACGGCGGCGGAGCGCAAGGUGGAGGAGGAGAGGCGCACGUACGAAGAAACCAACUUUGUGCGUCUGCCGACAGCGGGCAAGAAGGACAAGGCCAAGCAGCGCGCGCUCGAGGGCCGCAGCAGCAAGAUGCAGUUUGGUGGCGAGGAUUGGCGCAAUCUUGGCGUUGGCGUGGACCGUAUCAACAGACUUACCUCUGGUGGCCGUGAUCGCAAGGGAACCAAGGCUCUGUUGGAGAAGAGCAGGAAGCGUGGACGUGAUACCACUGAUGGACCCAAGGGCAGUGGUGACAGUGGAGUUGCUAUGGGCGAGCGUUUCCAGAAGAGACUCAAGGUGUUGGAGGGCGGCAGGAGAGACAGGGGCAAGAAGAGGUAAAGAGGUGGUUAAGGAACACAUUUUUUGGAUUCUUGUUCUAUCUAUUGUCAUUCUUGGCCCUCUGUGCGGGCCAUCACAUUAUCGAAUUCAGUUGAAUUCUCCCUCGACACCGUUUUGCUUCAUUCGUUCUGUGCAUCCGUCACUUUUGUCUCGACACCACACUUCGAU